AUGUCCAACGAUUUCAACAAGAAGAUGAAGGGUCUGAAAGACCAUAAGAAGGUACAGAAGGCGAAGCAAACUGCUAAACGCGUUGCUGCUGCUGAGAAGAACAAGCCGAAGAAAGCCACGGAAGUUAUCUUGGAUGUGUCUUCAACCCAGAUCUUCGACAUCCAUGCACACCGUAAAGCCCUCGAGUCUGCGCUCUACAACAACAUGGAGACUCCCAACCAGAUGCUGGCACGUCUGAAUUUUGCGGCUCCUGCCGAUGCUGAGUUCCAUCAGGACAUCGGAGUUGAAGAUGAUAUCGCUGGUCUAGAGGAUCUAGAUGGUCUCGACAUUGAUGACUCGUCAUCGCGUAUCAAGUGCCUUGACGAUAACGGCUUUGAGAUUAUCUUGGACGUUCUGGCUGUACGAACACUCACUGAGAACGAAAUCUGCUCCACCCCAAUCACACCCAAGACAUGCACGGUGGAGACGAAAGAGAAGGAAGUUACAAUCGACCAACUCUUCACUAUGGUCUCUAGCACUGGUGCCAAGAAGGUGGGCACAUCUCACCCAACCAGCUCACGCACUCUUGAGUCAAUCGAGACGCAACAAGCAGUUCAGUGCUUUCGUCACGGGCAUACCAUCUCCAUCGAGCAGCUCUUCUCCGUUGCAUCUAGCACCAAUAGCAAGGUUAUUCACAACCUGAGCUCCAACAGCUCAUUGAAUCCGAAGGCCAACACGUUCGUUCCUUUCGUUACUCUUCCCAACGGUGAUCCUGCCAUCAUUAGCAUGAAGGUAAAAGAGCGCAGAGACAAUGUCAAGGAAUCGGAGAACAAUGUCACCCGCGAUAUAAACUCGCUAUCGGUGUACACCACAUCGGAUACAUCUUCCAACAAGCUGAAGCGUAUGCUGGGCAUCGAGUCUUCCGGCAACUCGGCUUCUAGUAGCGCGAAGCAUAGUCGAGCUUCCUCCUAUUUCGAAGACCGAGUGUGCACGCCACUCACACAUCACUCUACUUCGCCAGUACGAGUUGGUAGUGGUUAUAUUUUCCCUGGCAUCCACUGGUCCUGCCCAGAUGCCGACCUUAUGCGAAAGCUUGCCAAUCAUAUGGGCUUGGGCAUCAAUAUGCUUGCAGCGUAA